AUGGCAAUGGCUGUUGCUCUUUCAUCUUCAUCUUCAGUUCUUUUAUUUUCCUCAUCCACAACUUGGAGAGGCCUAGUUGGACCCGAAAUAUCCAAACAACUCCUAAAUCUCAGCGGAAUUGCGACGGUGCGUCCUGGUGGUCGUGGUUGGGGGUCCCACAAAGUCACCGAAAUUUCUGCUUCGAUAUCAUCUAAGCCCAAGGAAGAGCUACGCACCAGGCCCGAUGAGCUAGUCAACUCCAUUCUUUCCAUGGUUACACAAAUAGAUAGAAGAGUUUUGCUGACAAGGGAUGAACACAACAAGGUAGCUGAAGUGGCCCAAGAAUUGGGAAGAUUUUGUGUUGAUGAGCCUGUAAAAUGCCCUCUUAUAUUUGGAGAGUGGGAUGUGGUGUAUUGUUCUGUGUCUACAUCACCUGGAAGUGGAUACAGGAGUGCAUUCGGCCGUCUUGUUUUCAAAACAAAAGAAAUGAUUCAGUUUGUUGAAGCUCCUGACACUGUGAGGAACAGAGUAUCCUUUUCUGCUUUCGGGUUCCUUGAUGGAGAGGUCUCUUUGGAUGGAAAAUUGAAGGCUCUAGAUGGAAGUGCUGACGUUGCUACCGUAGCUACAGUCGUUGGAGGGCUGCUUCUCAAUCUCAAUCUAUGUGCUGAGGUUCUGCUAUGA